AUGGAACAGAAUCUCUCGGAGAAAAAGCCAGCCAUCGCCCAGACUGCAGACUUCGAUGUAAUGGGUGCCUUAGACUGGAAAGACGGCAUUGCCACCUUGCCGGGUAGCAACAUACAAUUUCGUUUAAGUGAAUUUGGAACACUGGAACUCAUUACAGAAGUUGAAGUAAAAGCUACAAAAGCUCUUUCUGCCUGCUCUGUAAAUACUAAUCCAGCCAUCCUUAACUUAUCUACCUCUUCUGUUUCCAAUCCCAUAACUACCUGUGAUCGUGAAGAGUCCAAAGACAGCAUUCCCAGAUCUGAGUUCCAAACCAGCAAAAAUAUCAGACACCCUGGGCAAAUGGACUCCUUUGAGAAUUCCCAUCAGGAGUGUAAAGACAGAGUUUCUAAGGGCACCCCAGCUGACUAUGGAAAACGAACAAGUAGCAGUCAGGUUUAUGAAACUGAUAGACCGUCCAAGCGUCUUCGAAGGAAGAGGAAGUUGCUUUUGGAUUCUGAAGAUGAGGAAGAAAAUGCAGAUGAUGAUGAGGAAAAGAACAAACUGAAUUUGAAAAAUCGCAAGAGUGCUAAACCAGUUAAGCAAGUUAUUCCUGCAAAGAAGUAUGUAUGGAACUGGAUCUCAUACUUAGAAGAAGAACGAAUGCCAGCAGCCCCACUGAAACUCUUCAAAGAGUCUCAGUCCUUUCCUCAAAACAAAAAUGGAUUUAAAGUUGGAAUGAAGCUAGAGGGCCUAGAUCCAGAACAUCCAUCUUUAUUUUGUGUCCUUUCUGUUGCUGAGGUGCAGGGAUAUAGAAUGCGUUUACAUUUCGAUGGUUAUUCUGAGUGCUAUGAUUUUUGGGUUAAUGCUGAUUCCCCGGACCUCCACCCUGUUGGCUGGUGUGAAAAAACAGGUCACAAGCUGCUUCCUCCUAAAGGUUUCAAGGAAGGGGAAUUUAAUUGGGCUUCAUAUUUGAAGAACUGCAAAGCUCAAGCUGCUCCCAAAACUCUUUUCAAGGCCCUGAGCACACCAGUCACACCUUCUGGUUUUCGAAUGGGAAUGAAGUUAGAGGCAGUAGACAAAAAGAAUCCUUCCUUGAUGUGCGUAGCAACUAUUGCAGACAUGUUGGAUAAUCGGCUGCUAGUUCAUUUUGACAACUGGGGUGAAAGUUAUGAUUACUGGUGUGAUGCUAGUAGCCCAUAUAUUCGACCUGUUGGUUACUGCCAAGAAACUGGAACUCCGCUAACAACACCAGCUGAAUACAAAGAUUUCAAAACCUUCUCAUGGGAGAAAUAUUUGGAAGAAACUGGUUCUCAGGCAGCCCCAGCAAGAGCAUUUAAACUGCGCCCAGCUCAUGGAUUCCAAGCUAACAUGAAACUAGAGGCUGUAGAUAAAAGAAAUCCCAUGCUAAUUAGAGUGGCAACUAUAAUCAAUAAGGAUGACCAUCGUGUCAAGAUACACUUUGAUGGCUGGGACAAUAACUUUGACUUCUGGGUUGAUUCUGACAGUCCAGACAUUCAUCCCAUGGGCUGGUGUGCAAAAACUGGACAUGCCCUGCAGCUCCCACCAGGGACUGCAGACCCAUCAGGGGCAGCAGGACAGGGAUGCCCUACUCCUGGUUGUCAGGGAUUGGGCCAUGUCAGAGGACCCAGAUAUGGAACGCAUUACACGUUAGUUGGCUGCCCGUAUUCUGAAAGCAAUCGCAACAGAGAGAGUUCCUUACAAGAUCGUCUUGGUGGAGAAAAACCUUCGCCCAAUACCAGUGUUCAAAAACCCAAGAAGCUUGAGACUUCUGCAUCACUUACGGACCUGCAGGAAGACUCUCCACAGUCUAGAAAGUCAUCCACACAAGACGGGGAGAGGUCAGGGCGAAGCAGUGUCCACAGUCUGUCUGAGCAGUCUGAGACCAGCCAAGAGAAGGACUGGGCCGAAGGGGAAUCAUCUGCUGUUGCCAAAAUCAAACCAAAAGGGAUUGGUUGCUCACAUAGCUAUAUAAAGCUCCAGCUAGUGAAGCAGGAUGCUGAUGGAAGAGACACAGCAUUUGCUCUGCAGCAGGCCCUCCACCAGUCUGUCUUCAUGCCUUCCCUUUCCACAAAUCCUACCCACCGCCUCCAUCUCUGCUGGGAGCAACACUGCAAGCUGCUGCCGGAGGUCUCAGGCCUCACCGCCAAGAACGUGGCCAAAUGGAGUGUGGAAGAGGUGGCUGGCUUUGUCCAGCGUCUACCCGGUUGCAAGGACCAGGCCGCACUCUUCCGACAAGAGCAGAUCGAUGGCGAAGCCUUCCUUCUCUUGAACCAAUCAGACAUUGUUAAAAUCCUUAGUAUCAAGCUGGGGCCUGCACUGAAAAUAUACAAUGCCAUCCUUAUGUUCAAGACUGCAGAAGAAGACUGAGAGAGCAACUCCGGGACCAGGCUGGGCCAAGAGGUCAGAGCAGGGAAAGGCCUCCCAAGAGCAGCUCAGCAGCAGACAGCCAAGCAUCCAUGUUGCUAAAUACUGAAUAGGCUGGACCUUGGAAAGGCAGUGGCCUCAUUGCAUUUCAGGCUGAAUUAGGUAGAACCUGCUGAAAGGCUCCCGAAGAAGCCUUAUGCCACUUGGCAUGGAUGUGGUGGCUUCCCUUCUAGGAAGAGAUUAUUAUUAUUAUUAUUAUUAUUAUUAUUAUUAUUAUUAUUAUUAUUAUUAUUAUUAUUUUCUAAUUGAAUUUGGGUAUGGUUAUAUUGAUCUUUUGUGAAGAUCUUGAUGGCGCCUCCAGUUAUAAGAGGAAUCCCAGGUAUUGCUUUUGGUGGGGAGCCAAACCCAAGCACACUGACUAACCUGUUGAUAGUGCCUAAAAGAGAGUCCAAGCUAUCACUGGCAUGCUUGAUGGCUUCUAUGUGUGCAAAAUUUGAGAGGUGGGGUUUAAGAGAACAAGGGAAGAAGGAGGUUCUUCAAAGCAGCGCGGUUGAAUUCCUCAUCAAAUAUCUUUGUUUCCGGGCUAGUUUUCAAAACUUGCUUUUUUAAUCUUUCAGCUUUCCAAAUACUGACAAUUAAUAUUUUUAUCUAGCAGCGUUUGGUGGGUUGGGGGCAGUGGCAGGAAUGAAGUCCAUCUCCAUAUAUGUUGAUUUUCAGGUUGUUAUAUCUGCAUUGCAAGCUAUGUAACUGCAGAGUUUAAGAGAUUAAAUUAAAAUGGGUUUAAUAAAGGCUACUGGAGAUGGCUCCAAUUGAAGGUGAGCUAGUCAUUUGGUUGGAGUAAUGGAACUAUGAGCCUACGGGGGUUUUGUUUUUUAAAAAAUGCCUUCAUCUUCUUGCACUCCAGUGCAAGGUGGAAUUAGGAAUAUGGGGAGCACAUCCAGCUCUGUCAUUAUAUAUAUAUUUUCUGGCAAAAAUACUUGGAAAGAAUCUGGUGGUUCCACUGAGAUAUUUUGUCUUGAGCAUUUAUAUAUGCACAUGUCUCUAGCCUGGAUCUCUAGAAAAGAGCUAUGUGUUCAAGCCACUAAGCGCUGCUGCCCUGCACCCAUCAUUUGUUUCAGUUGGACUUACAUGGGGACUUCCAAAGCCUUAUUACAAUGAUGUAAGUGGUGGCUACAUUGUGGUAGUACAUCAUACCCUGAGCCUGCAACCUUCACAUUUGUGCUGUGGAGUGGACCCGAGGAAGGCUUUUCAGUUUUUGGAAUGAUAGCUGCCUACUUCGUUGUGCAGGAGACGAUGCUGUGGGAGCUUUUGCUGGAACUUAAAGGCAGUGGCUGGAUGAAAAAAUAAAGUGUGUGUGGGGGGGAAUGUAAGGUGCCAAAAGAAUAUGAAAACAGCGAUCUGACAGAAAUCUUCAGUGGGGAAGAAAGAUUCUGAAAAUAAAACUGGUUUGUGUAUGAAGAUGUUGCCCUUUUGCCUCCAACUGGUAAUGUUCAAGAGGUCUCCCAUAUGUAGUACCUUGCACUGUACUGCAAUCUUAGAAUGUAAAGAAACGUUUUCUUUUACCUCCCCGACCCCAAGGAAAAAAUACAGCAUAACUUAUGAGGCAGACACACUCCCACAUUCUUCCUUUCAGGAGUGGAGGAGCUUACAGCUCUGUCUCGUAAACCCGCUCUCUCUCUCUCUUGCAUGCACAUCCAAGGGAACAUUAGUACACUACCCUGGUAUGUAGCAGACAACGUGCAAUAUCUCAUCCAGACCAAAUCGAACCAAAUCUAUUUAUUUAAAGUAAAGCCAUUGGUAGAGUUGAUAGGUGUUUAAGCUCAAGUGAGUGGAAAGUGCUUCUGGAUGGCCUGACAAAGAUGCUGCUCUGUGUCCUUCAUUACUGGGAGGAAGAAUGUGAGCUGAGAAAUGGCACACUUCCUUUUUCUGCUGGUCGGUGGUGGUGUGUCCUUAUUAAAGAACUGUCUGUUAACUUGCCUUUUAAGCUUUUGGGCUUCCAGUCAUCUUCCCCUUACCGUCCAUUUCCCUACUUUUGAUCACCCAACUUUUUAAGAGCCGCUGUAACCUUCCUAAAAUCAAGGUGACAUAAAACUUGUAAAUAAUGCACAAUCCAGGCUGCUGUCUGCAUGGUAUUGAAUAAAUCUGCAGAGGCAAUGUUUCAUAGCUUUCUAUUUUUGUAUAAGAAGUUAAGGAGUUUAAGCCUUCUGCGCAGAAGAGCCAUCACUGAAGGUGGUGAUAGAGAGAAUCUUGAUUAAUACCUGAGAGUCAACAGAAGAUGGGAUGCCACGUGGUCUAUAGCUUUAUGGUCCUAGGCAGGAGAAGCAUUUUAAAAAUACAUUUCUGAUGUGAUAAGAGAACAAUUGCCAAAGGGCAUAUUCAUCUUAGUUUUUCUGCAUAUACAUCUGGAGGAAGAGAAAUGGCAGAAACCUUUUGUAAGGCAAAAU